UUCGUACGACAACACCACGUGACUGAUACACGACCAAUGAUUCGUAUUGAAGCCCUACUUAAAGCAGCUCAUCUUGUUUACUUCCUAGCUCGGUGAGAGUAGUGACUGCAAUUUCUCCGUCUUAGGAAUUAUUUUUAAAAAAAAGGACAGAAAAAUGAAGACAGGAAUUUCGACAGUCGUUCUUGUAUUUGCCAGUUGUUGCGCGGCAAAUGGCUGGUUUUUUGGUCCUUCGAGACGUUCAGAUUACCCAAGAUUUCCGAAUUAUGUAAGACGUUCCUUUUCAAGUCCUUCGGGAAGAACUACUUUUGACGUGGGCCAGUACGAUAUCGACGAUUUUUAUAGGACCUGGGCUGGAUUAGAGCACAGGGAGGAUAACUGGAACAGCUCUAUCACUGGAACCAUUGAUAACGAUGGAAAUUUUGGCUUUGGCGCUAGAUUUUCCAUGGAAUUUCGUAAAAGAAGUGCUAAAUGGAACGGAAACCAUUACAAUAUCACACUGUAUGUCGAUCCCUGUAAUUUCUUCACCUACGAUGAUGACCGAGAUGGUGUUAUCGUGAAAGAUGAACUACGUGCUAUCUUCGGCGACAAUGAAAAGACUGACGCUCUGUUUGAGGACCUUGAUGUUACAAAAGAUGACGAAGGGAUAAACCCGGAGGAAUUCUAUGCCAUGGCACCUAUGAUCAUAGCUGAUUGUUUGGACACUGAGAAGUAAUAGCAAACUCUUCCACAUUUCUGAAGAAGCUGCAUUUAGUAUGAAGAUGGUGUCUAAUAAACAUAACAACAACAACAAAAAGGAUUCUUGUUAGCUAAUUAUCUUCAAAAAUAUUUGUUAUGUUCACAUAUAUAGCAUUCAUCAAGUAAAUAAAAAUACACUGCUGAAGCAGGUCAA